UUUUUCAAACUCAAACUGAAACCCCAUCUUCUCCCUCCUCCAAAUCCCUCAUUCUUAUCUUUACACUCACUCAAUUCUCUCUCUCUCUGCCAAAAUCGAAAUCUCUUUUUCUUCUGCAUUUCACAAAAGUGGAAAUGAUCUUCGAAGACAACCCAUCUCCUCAAGAAACCUGUUUCUACAUCAAUAAAACUGUAUUGCUCGUAUUCUGAAGAAACCCUGUUCGAUUAUUUUAGUUUUCCCCCAAAUCUUUGAUACCGCAUUCACCGGAACGAAGCAAAAGAUCGAAAUUCGAUCGCCGCCGGAGAAAAAUCUGCAGAUUGGAGUGGCAAAAAGGGGCUGAAUUCCGAAGUGGGGGGAUUUCUCAAAUCUUUUAAGAAUUUUUCAGUGGAUUGUGUCACAGAUGAAGCACAUUGACAGCCCAUCAACCCCUGGGAAAUUCAAGAUGGAGAAAGCUCCGUACAAUCGGCUGCGGCUGCAAUCUUCAAUAGCUAAGCUCACCUUUUGGUCUUUUGUAUUUGUUGGAAUGAUAUUCGUAUUCUUCUAUAGAUCACCGUCUUCUUUGAACCCGGCCUCCUCAGAUCUUUCUAGAAGGUCUCUUAGAACUAGCUCGUAUUCAGGCCCUAAUUUCGAAAAAAAGGUUAGGCAAUCUGCUAAGCCUAGGUCAAGGCAUGGCAUGUCUGUGUUGGUCACAGGGGCUGCUGGUUUUGUAGGAACUCAUGUCUCCGCCUCGCUUAAGAGGCGAGGGGAUGGCGUUUUGGGGCUCGAUAAUUUCAACAGUUACUAUGAUCCCUCGCUUAAGAGGGCGAGGCAGACACUGCUAGAGCGUAGUGGGGUGUACAUUGUGGAGGGUGAUAUCAAUGAUGGUGAAUUGUUGGCUAAGCUGUUUGAUAUCGUGCCUUUCACUCAUGUUAUGCAUCUGGCAGCGCAGGCUGGUGUGCGUUUUGCCAUGGAGAAUCCUAGCUCGUAUGUUCACAGCAACAUUGCUGGCCUUGUUAGUGUGCUCGAGUUUUGCAAGAAUGUGAAUCCUCAGCCUGCUAUAGUUUGGGCAUCAAGUAGCUCAGUGUAUGGACUGAACACAAAGGUGCCCUUUUCCGAGAGGGAUAGGACUGAUCAGCCUGCUAGUUUGUAUGCAGCUACUAAGAAGGCUGGUGAGGAGAUUGCACACACGUAUAACCACAUAUAUGGGCUUUCGCUGACAGGGUUGAGGUUUUUCACGGUUUAUGGACCUUGGGGCAGGCCUGAUAUGGCUUACUUCUUCUUUACUAGGGAUAUCUUGAAAGGGAAGUCUAUUCCAAUCUUUGAAGCAGUUAAUCACGGCACCGUGGCGAGGGAUUUUACCUUCAUUGAGGAUAUAGUGAAGGGCUGUUUAGCUGCACUGGAUACUGCAGAGAAGAGUACUGGCAGCGGUGGUAAGAAGAAGGGGCCGGCUCAGUUGCGUGUUUAUAAUUUGGGAAACACGUCUCCUGUGCCUGUGGGGGAUCUAGUGAGCAUUUUGGAGAAGUUGCUUAAGGUGAAGGCAAAGAGGUUGGUCAUGAAGAUGCCGAGGAAUGGGGAUGUGCCGUUUACACAUGCUAACAUAAGCUUGGCUGAGAGGGAGCUUGGCUAUAAGCCCACAACAGAUCUGCAUGCUGGGUUGAAGAAAUUUGUUCAAUGGUAUCUUAGUUACUAUGUUGAUGGCAAGAAGAGCACUCAGUGAUACAUUUUUUUUCACAAAUUGUGCGAUAAUAUCCAUGAUCCGACGAUGAAGAAGCUCUUUUGGUUGUUGGGCUUUGAUCCUUGGUGUUCUGACCUGCAUCGAAGCACAAAUCAAAUCUGGUAUCCAGUAGAUUGUGAUUGUUGUAACUUUACCACUGUAAAAUUCCUUACUGAGAGCAAUUUACUCAUUGAUGGACGUGUACGAUUUGGAUCCAAUUCUAAUAAAUAGCAGAGAAUAGUAUGUCUGCUAAACUUUCCACAUAAAUUUCUUAUAUAAACUGGGACUUCAUCAGCUGCA